AUGGCUUUGUUAGAAAAACUCCAACUGACCACCGCAGUUGGGAAGGACACCCAACAACUGGUCAGUAACGCCAUGACGCACACACGGCGUCACACGUUCCAGAAUAUGUGGAAAGAUGCAAUGCACCUCGCCAGCACAAACCAAACUGUUAUAAGGGACAGACUAAUGCAGAAACGCAAGAGCAAUGCCAUUAUCAAAGCCAAAGUGAAACGUGAAAUCCUCAUGAAACCGGAUCUCAUGAGAUACUUGAGAGUCCCGGUACCAGUGACUGAGGAUAUGGAUAACGAGAAUUCAACGAAUGAAAAGGAAAAGUCAGCCAAACUAUCGACAGAUGAUAUUUCAACAACAGAAAAUGUUGACGGAAAGCAAAACGAUAAAACGUCUGAAAUCGUAGAUACAAGUACGGAUGACAAGGAACAUAUGAAGGAUGAUGAAAGUGAAGGUGAAUUCAUGGAUGAUGAUGAUGUGUCUACGAAAACGUCAGUUAAGAAAACACCAGAACCAGUGGCCAGUCCGAUCAUGUUCGAUGAUUCUCAAAUGGAUUUUAUGAAUGAAGAAUGGAAAUGGCCGUUGCCGAAAGCAGAAGAAGACGAAAAUGACGAUGAUGAGGACGAGGACGAGGGAAAUGACGAUGAAAACGAAGAGCCAUACAUCAAAUUUAGACGUUUCGCACGUGCUGUCAAAAUGUUGAUCAGCGUCUGUCAAGUAUGCCAAAGCUUGUUGAGAAACAAUGUAUCACAGGAGAACUGGUUUGCCUUGCUAGACAACCUUAAUGCAGCCGCCAUGCAGCAGUCCCAGAAAAAACGGAAGGCUUUUGUAACUCUAGUUCCAGACGAGAACAGACAACUAGUGACGCUAACUUUUGAUGCCAAUGACUACAAAAGCAACGUGCAAUCGGACGAACUGCUGACUGAAGACGUAAAAGCGGUGAUGAAACAGAAGCCAGGCACCCGAUCUCAGCAUGACGUGGAAAAGGUAAUACGCUGUAUGAAGGGAAUAUGCAAGUCCUUCCGGGAAUAUCCUCUCUCUAUACAGAAGGAUAUAGUACAAAAGUCUUUCCUAGACACGUAUAAACACAACCGAGUGAUACUGAAGAAAGGACUUCCAUCUGAUGGAAUAUACUUUGUAUUAAGGGGUACAUUAAUAGAGAAACCUGAAGGACGAAGGGCUCCAACUGAAAUACGUGCUGGAGAGAAAUUUGGGGAGGAGGACUUAGUUUGUGGCUGCGCCCGUCGGGGCACUGUGAUAACUCGUCACGAGGCCGAAAUCAUAUUCCUUCACCGCUUUGAUUAUAUGGACAUUUUCAACAUGUCUGCAGAUUCAAAUGAUCCUAAGAAUCUAGAGAUUUGCAAGAAAAGUGUAGUACUUAGCCAUUUCCCGAUGCAGAAAUUGGAGGAAAAUCCCGGAACGUGGAGCGUCAGGCGAUACAAGUACGGUCGUCUGAUGGUCAAAGACAGCAACGAGAUCGAGUGGAUUUUCGUUAUCAAAUCGGGCGAGGCCCGUGUCCUCAGCCACCUUAAACCUGGCGUGAUAAACGUCCGGAAACGGCGGAAAGAGAUCCAAGCAGCUAUGGAGGAAGAAUCACCUUACCACCGCAAAACAAAGAUUCUGAAUUUCAUCGCCCAGAAGGACCACUUGAAAUCUUCCUAUGACCCAGCGUUGUACUCGCCGGGACCACGGAGAACUCUAAUGUCUGCCCCACCUGUAUAUGGCCAUAGAGAUUGCAUGAAAGAAUUGGCCUAUAAAAACUUUCCAGCCACACCAAGAGCAAACAAUUUUCCAACAAUGGCCGCCUUCCUAAACGCCAAGUCACAAGACGCCAUGCAAUCUAAACUUACCAGCAAUUCCACGACAAAACUGCCACGGAUCACGUUAAAAACGCCGGGAAACUCGGACGGUCCAUUGGAAAGUGAACGCCGCGAAAUUGACGAAGUGCUGGAGGAAGAAGGAGAAACUACGAAAGACGAUGAAAGCACUUCCAGAAUGGACAACAGUGAGACACCUGUGGUGCUUGAGGAAAUCAAAGACAUUAGUGGAAAGGCCAACUUCUAUCAGAAAACAGGGAAAGAUGGACUUUUGCUUCGACCUAGGUCUGAAGGCGACAACAAGGAGAAUAGGUAUAGGCUAGCAAGGAAACAGUACGGCAACGCACCCUUCAUUAAACCGCGACGUACUCGAGUAGACUCUGCCCAUGAGAGGACUACCGAACUCCCUCCGUUUGUUCAGGUGGAGACGCUCCAUCAAGGGCAAACAUUUGGCUUGAGGUCCUGUUUGGACAUGAGUGACAGAGGACCUUCUGUAAGCUUGGUAAGUGGUGACUGCGAAGUUCUCGCAAUCAACAAAAAGUUCUUCCUGAAACACUGUGAUGACGCCAUGUUCAGUCUCAUUCGCUUGAAAGCUAAACCAUUUCCAACACAACAGGAACUCAUAGACAGACUUGAUAUCACGAUGCGCUGGGAUGAAUUCAAAAAGGACACAGUCAAGGAAUUUAUCAACUUUAAAAUAUCAAAAUCUGAAAAAAGAUAG